GGCUCACGGAGACACGGCGGAGCUGGGAGGAGGAAGCGACGUCCUCCGCUGCUCACCCCGCCCGUUCCCUCCGCCCUCCGUGCCGGUGCUGGCGGCAGCUCCUCCUCCCGCGUGUGACCCGCAGCCGCAUGUGAGCGGGGAGGAGGGACGGCGCCGCGCGGGCCCCAGUGUGGCGGCGGCGACGACGACAGGAGAAGGAGGAGCGGUAGCGGGUGCGCGGCGUUCCCCCGCAGCCUCAUCGCUGGGCCCUACCGGCGCUCCCCAUGCCCGUGUGGUGCUGCCGUUGCUCCUUGACCGGUCACUUCAGAAGCUACAGAAGCCCUGAAACUGAAGGACAGCUUUUGACUUCUUUCGUCCAGUAUUUCGGUGACAGCCUUGGGAGGAAGAUUAAAAGAAUGCCUUUAAUUGAAGAAACUGUGGUGCCUGGGGACUCCCUUCUUACUCUGCCUGUAGUAAUAAUAGGAAAUGGACCUUCAGGAAUUUGUCUUUCUUACCUGCUCUCUGGAUACAGGCCCUAUUUGUCUCCUGAAGCUAUACACCCAAACCCCAUCCUACACACGAAAUUAGAAGAAGCUCGACACCUUUCCAUUGUUGAUCAAGAUCUGGAGUACCUGUCUGAAGGCCUUGAAGGACGUUCUUCAAACCCAGUUGCAGUGCUUUUUGAUACCUUGCUUCAUCCUGAUGCUGACUUUGGGUACGACUACCCACCAGUUCUGCACUGGAAGCUAGAGCAGCAUAAUUAUAUUCCCCAUAUAGUGCUUGGUAAAGGGCCACCUGGUGGGGCUUGGCAUUCCAUGGAGGGCUCUAUGCUAACAAUCAGCUUUGGAGACUGGAUGGAAUUGCCUGGCCUUACCUUCAAGGAGUGGGCAGCCAGCAAACGCAGAAACAUAAAGAGUGAUCGAGUAACCCCAGAAGAAAUAGCUUGUUACUAUAAACACUAUGUUAAAGUCAUGGGCCUCCAAAAGAAUUUCAGAGACAACGCUUACAUAACGUCAGUGUCCAGGCUCUACCGAGGGAAGGACGAUGAAGAUAGAAGUCAGCUAAAUGAAGAUAUUUCAGCACAGCAUUUGGAAAUGGAAGAUGGACAGAAAUCAGUGACUAAGAGAAACUGGGAAAUCAGAGGUUACCAGCGAGCAACAGAUGGUUCUCAUGUGCCCUUCUGCCUCUUUGCUGAGAAUGUGGCUCUUGCCACAGGAACCUUUGAUUCUCCUGGCCGCCUACAGGUUGAAGGAGAAGACUUUCCUUUUGUGCUUCAUUCCAUGUCUGACUUUGGGGCUGCUAUCAGCAAAGGAAAGCUACGUGGGAAGGCAGACCCUGUGUUAAUUGUGGGUGCUGGACUUACAGCAGCUGAUGCAGUCCUGUGUGCCUACAACAACAACAUCCCAGUAAUCCACGUGUUUCGUAGAAGAGUUACCGAUACAAGCCUGAUUUUCAAACAGUUACCUAAAAAGCUUUACCCUGAAUACCAUAAGGUCUACCAUAUGAUGUGUACUCAGUCCCACAGUGUGGACUCUAAUCUACAUUCUGCUUACACUAGUUUCCCUGAACACAAUGUACUUUCCUUCAAGCCUGAAAUGAAAUGUGUUCUUCAGAGUGCCUCUGGACUGAAGAAAAUUUUGAAGUUUUCUGUAGCCUUAGUUCUGAUAGGUUCUCACCCAAAUCUUUUCUUUCUAAAGGACCAAGGACAUAGCAUAGGUCAUCACUCUAAUCAGCCCAUCACAUGCAAGGGGAAUCCUAUAGAGAUUGAUCCAUACACGUACGAAUGCACUAAAGAAGCAAAUCUCUUUGCUUUAGGGCCUCUGGUGGGAGACAACUUUGUACGGUUUUUAAAGGGAGGGGCGUUGGGCAUUGCACGCUGCCUGGCAAUAAGGCAGAAGAAGAAACAUGAAUUGAUUCAAAGUGGGGAUGGAGGAGGUGAUGGGGUUCCAUAAGUGAGAGGUGUAGAAACUUUCACAUCCAGGAUUACAGAUGUAGUCUUAACAGAACACUCACUGACAGCGAAAGUUGAUAGCAGUCCCAUUUCUGUUGUGUCGAAGUAACCCACGCUUGUGUCGCUUGGUAAAGGAUGCUGAUGCCACAGUACUUCGCCUUUUCAAAACACACAAAAAAUUGAUCUGCUGUUACAACUGAUCUCUGCUCAACUGGAAUUACUUCCAGAGAAACAGAAAAUGAGACUAACUUCUAUUGACCUGCCUGUCAUCUCUUGCUCAGCUAAAAGAGCUGACUUCCGCUGUGGAAAAGCAAUGCCUAUCAGAGUGGCUUUACACCUUAGUGUCAAAUGUGACAAAACCUUCUCACCAUGAAACUGAAACAACUUCUAAAAGCAGAAAGCUUGCUUAGUGCAAAAUGAUUCUUGGUCCCAAAGCAAAUUUUGAGCCUUCUGCUUGAAACAAGGAUUUUGUUUAUUUGCCGUAGUACUUGGAAUGAGCACUUAGUAAGACGGUUUUUACUGCAGGAAGGAUUUCUGUAAGCCAGAAGUAUUCCUCAACAAUUAUAAAUGAUCCUAUCUGAUAAUUGGAAUGAAAGAGUAAGCAUUCCCAUUUGAUCUUUAACACCUGACUUGACACAAUCCAUUGAUGUUUUUUCACGCUACGCCUAGAGUUGGGUGAGUGCAGGAAGACUAACAUGAAAUGGUCCCCUACGGUGAUAUGUACAUUUCUGAGAAUACUCAUUAACAUGAACAAUAAAGUACUGAUGUAAGUGCUCUUAUUACAGUGUCAAUAUAAUUAAUACCUAGUGUACUACUGAAAAAUUAAGUACAUGAGAAAA